AUGGGCAAGAAGAAGGUCCAAUGCUGCAUCUCAGUCGACAUUGACGCCGUGGCCGGCUGGCUGGGCUCGUACGGGGGAGAGGACUCAACCUCUGACAUCUCUCGAGGUCUCUUCGCAGGUACCAUCGGAGUACGUAGGCUCCUCACCAUGUUCGAAAAGUACAACAUCAAGACAACGUGGUUCAUUCCGGGCCACAGUCUGGAGACUUUCCCUGAAGAAUGCCGCAUGAUUGCAGACCAAGGCCAUGAGAUUGGACUUCACGGUUACAGUCACGAGAAUCCCAUCGCCAUGACGCUUGAACAGCAGACUGCUAUCAUGGAUAAGUGCUACAAGCUGAUCAAAGAUUUCCAACAUGGGAAGCCACCUAGGGGGAUCGUUGCUCCUUGGUGGGAAAGCUCUCAGGAGGGCGCGGAAUUGAUGCUGAAGUAUGGGUUGGAGUAUGAUCAUAGUUUCUCUCAUCACGAUUGCCAGUGUUAUUGGCUAAGGACCGGUGAUAAAUGGGUCCCUAUCGAUUAUAAGAAGCAUCCCGACCAUUGGAUGAAGCCGCUUGAAGGGGGGCCGAUGACUGGCCUCGUUGAGAUUCCGGCGUCUUGGUACCUCGACGACCUUCCACCGAUGAUGUUCAUCAAGAAGGCUCCAAACUCUCAUGGAUGGGUCAAUCCAAGAGAUGUUGAAGAAUUGUGGAUGGACCAAUUCAAUUUCUUCUAUCGUGAAUAUGACGAUUUCGUCUUUCCGGUCACCGUCCAUCCAGAUGUAUGCGGUCAUCCACAUGGGCUGAUGAUGCUAGAAAGGAUCAUCGAAAAGAUCAACAAGUACGAUGGCGUCGAAUGGGUGACCAUGGAGCAGAUCUGUGAUGACUUCAAGUCAAAGAGCACUCCACCCAAAGGGGCGAUGAUGCCUGCAAAAGUCGGCGCCAUUCUCGAGAACCCCAAUGUGCAGCUAGAGAUUAAGGAGUAG